AUGUGUAUUGAUGAGGAAUACUUUCUCGAUGGAGAUAUUGAUUGUCAAGAUCAAUCAGAUGAACAACGUCAUUCAAUUUAUGCUGUUACAAGCUUAUGUUUCGCUCGGCCCAAAUUGGAUUGCGAUGAAAGAAUAUUAGAAAAAAAAGACCAAAUUUCGUGCGGUGAUGGAUCACACGUAUCUUUUAAACAACAAUAUCGACAAGCGUCAAUGUCCACUACUCUUCAAACUUGCUACUCAUUUCGCGAGAGACAAUGGAAAUGUGAACUAAAUUAUCGAGAGAUCAUGUGGACAAAUCCAGAGAAUGGCCAUUGUUUUGACUAUGUUGAUAACACAACAAAUGUGCUGAAAGAAAAAGAUGAUUGUAUCUUCAUUCACAAAUGUGCAUUAACUAGACAUGGUCAACAUUAUUUGUGUCCGUGUACAGGUAAUGGUUGUCGUGCUCAUUUCUAUCGCUACUGUGGUUCAAAUAAUGUCUCAUUAUUUGCUUAUCCAUCUGGACGUAUAUUCACGCCAUUUGUUGAGACUUAUUACAAAAGCAAUGAGCACAAUUUCGAUCGUAAUACAUGGCCAGAUGUUUUUAUUUUCACUCGUAGUAUUAAAUGUAAUAAUGAAAUGCGAGCAACGCCGGAUAUAACAAACCAGAAAGAUUGGCUCUACACGGAAGAUGUAGUAGUCACAUCUGUAAGAGUAUAUAGUGCUCAUCCAUUAGAAGUGCUUUUGUGUAAGAGGCAUGAAUCUAUCAAUGCGAAUCAAACGAACUAUGGAAUUUGUUGGAAUGACUCGUAUCCCAAUCAAGCUAAACAUUGCCCAGAUUCAAUACCAUAUAAUUGUAUCUCAAAAUAUCAUGUCAAAGAUGGCUUUCAUGAUUGUGCACGUGGGGGAGAUGAGACAAUGGAUAAUUGGUUUGAAGAUUAUUCAUCAAUUCGGAAACAUCGUUUUCGAUGUUCAGAAACUGAACAAACUUGUUUGACAGUCUUAUCAAUUGGAGAUAAUCGUCCCGGUUGUAAGAAAAACAAUCACGACGAAUAUUCUAAAACGUACAAUCUUCAACUGAACCAUCUCAAAUGUGUUAGUAGAGAUUCUGCCGAUUGUAUAUUUCUUCGUCAAUACAUUUCGGAAUCAUCCAUCUUAGACACAAACACCACCGAAAAAGUCGAUAACUCGAUCAAAUUCUGGAAUUAUUGUGAUUCUUAUUGGGAAAAAAGUUAUGGUGCCGAUGAAAUUGACUGUCAACAAUGGAAAUGUCCAUUACAUUACUCCGCACGAAGAUUUUAUCAAUGUCAAACCGGUCAAUGUAUUUCCGAAAAUUGGUUGUGCAAUGGGGAAUGGGAUUGCUCAGAUGGAUCUGAUGAAGAAGGCAUUCAACUAUUAACAGAACACACUGUCGGUGGACAUAAUUUGAAAUUAUUUCAGCUACUAGGAACAAAUUUAACCGAACAGAAAAGUCGAUGUUUAAAAAAGAAUUCAGAACGCUCAUUCAUGAGAUUUUGUGAUAUCAAAACUGAAUAUGCUUGUCUAUUGGCGAAUGUAGAUGAUGCAUUGAACUUUCGAUUAAAUCGGCCAUGUAUUAAUCUAACACAACUAGGUGAUGGUCAUGUUGAUUGUUACGGUGGAUUAGAUGAGCGAAAUAUAUUGAAUUGUUCAUCGUAUGAACAGUUAGGUUUUGGAUUUAAAUGUAAUAUCAAUGACAAAUGUAUUUCAAGAAGACAACAAUGUACUACUGAUGAUCGAUGCUUUAAUGGUGUCAUCAAAAUAUUAGCUCUACUCGUUGUGAUCAUCAAUGAUACAACAACAGUUCUCGAUCGUCAUGAAGUUCAUUUUAUAUCAGCGCUUAACAAUUUUAAAGAGAAACAGAAAUUCUAUUUUGUUUAUCCUCAACCUCAUCAAUUACGAUCAAGUACGCAUCGUUAUACAGUUCGUUUCGAAGCAUAUCAAUUGAAUGAAGAUGAGAGUAUUGAAUUUCUAGCUGUUUGGAUCUAUCCAGUUCCAUUUAAUUUUUUGCCAUCACAACGUCUCGCUAAAGUGUUAAAAUAUACUCAACAAGCACAACUCGAACCAAACCAUACAUGCUUAUCAAAAAUCAAUCCAUGCUUGAAUGAAGGCAGGUGUCAUCCAAUUAUGAAUAAGUUGAGCGACAUUCAUUCAUAUUGGUGUGAAUGUGGAAACAGUUCGUAUGGUUCUCAUUGUGAAUUCAAAGAUCAAUCUUGUUUUAUCAUUCCAACAAAACUGUGA